AUGUCGAGCUGGGCCGUCGAUUCGGCCGAAAGGAAAGACGGUCCCGUCACGGCUGACGAAGGCGUGACGAGCACAGGGUGCAGCCAAACAAACCCGAAUCGGGGUAUGGUGAGAGAUCGUGAACGAUCCAUCUGCAGAACGCGUGCCCACUUCACGAUCUAUCUGCAGAACGCGCGCCCACAACCAUAUGCGAAGCGAGCACCCACUCUUGCCGAGAAGAUCCCGCCCCACGCGUGCGCGAAGAGAGCACUGCACAGCGCACGCGAGCCGCCAGUCCUCACUCUCCCGGGUCCCCCGCCCUCGCGGGAUGUGAACAACCCAAAGGAUGGACCACAAUGGUCUGGCACAGGUGAGCACUGCGUUCACAGCGCUGGACAGGCUGUGGAGCUCGAACGAGGAUCUGACAACUGCGGCAGCACCCAACCAGGAACCGAAAGAGUGGAGAAAGUGCUUGGGGGAGGAGACACAAUUAAAAAACAAAGAACAUAUGAUAUUGUGUUAUCAGAAAAUACAAGCCCCAUUUUCGAGAAGCUGCGCGUUGACGAUCCAACUCGUCGGAAUUUUUUUGGGGGAGACAUCACCAAAAAAACACGGAUAAUGCAAUAUUAUUUGCGAAACACGAGCCCCGUUUGCGAGAAGCUGCGCGUCGACGAUCCAACUCGUCGAUUUUUUUUUAGGGGGAGACAUCACCAAAAAACACGGAUAAUGCAAUAUUAUUUGGGAAACAUGCUCCUUCUUCGUGAGAAGUUUUGCAUUGACGAUCCAACUCGUCGAAAUGCUUUUGGGGGCGACAUCAUCAAAAAUCAAAGAGCAUGUCAUAUUAUCCUAGUGGAAAACACGGGCGCAGUUUGCGAGAAGCUGUGCAUUGACGUUCGAACUCGUCGAAAUGCUUUUGGGGGCGACAACACCAAAAAACACAGAGCAUGUCAUAUUUUAUAUCACCAACAAACACUAAUAAUGCAAUAUUAUGAUAAUGCACUAUUAUGCCAGUGGGAAACGUGGUCCCUGUUUGCGAGAAGCUGCACCUCGCCGUUUGAGCUUGUCGCAAGUUUUUCGGGGGGGCAUCACCAAAAAGUACAGGCCAUGCAGUAUUAUCUGGGAAACACGGUCCCCAUUUUCGAGAGGUGGCGCGUCGAUAUUUGA